GUGUAUCAGAUGUUCUAAGAUAGUAUUGUGACUUGCAGGAUAACAAGGAUUCACAGUCAUUGUUUGCUUCUGUUGAACUCUUUGCUGAGUAUUUGCAUAUCUUCUCUAGGUGUUUACUCUCAGCUAUUCUGUAAACAGCUUAUCAUACUGCUACAUGUUUUUCUUUAAUUAACCCAUUCUUGUUAUGUCUAAAUUUUUUUUUUUUUGUGGAAAUGAGAGGCAAUUUAAAGGAGUAGCGUUAAGCAAGAUGAACGUCUGAUUCAGUGUCCCUCAGUGUUUCCCAUGUCACACUGAGCCUGAUGGUUCACAUUCUUGGGUUGGCUACAGGUGACACAUGCAGGGGCAGAGGGGGCUAAAACAUUCUCCAAAACAAUGCUUCAAAACAAUUUUUACAAAACUCAAGACGUAAAUAGAUAAAUAAUAAUAAUAUAUCUGUCAGAAUGGACUUUAAGGAGUGUUAGUUGGUAUUUCUGUUACAAAGCCAAAUAAUGAAAGAGGGAGAGAGAAAGAGCAAAGGAAGUGCAGCUCAGAAGCCUUGUACGCUCCAUUUUCAGGAAGACGAUUGAAUAGAGAUGACUAGAUUUUAUGUAUUUAUGCAUACCAACCAAGAAUGGUGUGAAUGAGAAUCAAGAGGGGGAUUUGAUAUAAAAAAAAAAAAAAGUGUACUGGAAAAAGAACAAACGUCUAUCUACAGUUAUUCGCUGUCUCCUCCUUACACUCCACUCCCUAGUUACUCCCAAGCAUAACCUGUUCAACCAGUCUGCACCUGCUUGACAACAGUGGGUGGGUUGAUUAGUUGAGCAGUUUGAACUGUAAGCUGAGGAGGAAAAGGUAUUUUCUUAUGUAGGAUCUUCGGUUAAAAAAUAUACAGACAGGAUCUCUUCUCUUUUUUUUUUUAAAUAACAGGUGGAAGAACAGGAGGAGCAGGAGGAGCAGGAGGCCAUGGAUGCAGACAACACAGACGACAUAGAGUCUCUCUUGGAGGGCAUGGACUUUGUCCCCGGUCACUUCCACCUGGACCUCAACGUCAAUUGUGAUCCUGUUGGGCCUGCAAAGCUGCGACACAGGGACACUUUUCUAAAACAGGAGAGCCUGUGGGGGGAGUUAGAGGCCGAACCUGGAUAUCUACAGUACGCUGUCCGAAAUCUCCUGGGUCUGCUGGCUGUUCACCUUGAACAGCUGGACGCAGCAGAGGAAAUAUUUAGAAACAUUUGUAAAGAAGACGCUGGGAACCUGAAUGCCUGGGCCAACCUGGGCUAUGUGUAUGAUAAGCUGCAGAGGGAGCUGGAUGCAGGGGAGUGUGUGGAGAAGGUGUCCCACCUCAUGGGUUUAGAUGCUGGGGAACCCUCUCAGGAAGAGAGCAGACUACUGGCGGCCCGGUGCCUGGCUGAACAGGCCUACGCUUAUCCAUAUGAUGUGGAGCUGGACAGUGACGAUGACCUGAGAGAGAGACUGACUAAAGCACUGAUAUUGUACAACAGAGCCCUGGUCUAUGGGGGACAACUGAUACCAAAAGAGGAAAAACGAAGUUGGUAUUUUAAAAUGGCAACCAUCUAUAUAAGACUAGAUGACAUAGUAAAGAGCAAAGAUGACUCUGAAUACUCCAGACUCUCUCACUACAACAAGGGACUGAGGCUUCUCAAAGAAACGCUCAAAUCGGAGAAAACACAACACAAAGCUCUAGCCUGGUGUUAUGUUGGCAUCAUGUUGGAGAGGAAGGAAGAGUUCACCACUGUACCCAUGUCGAUACAUGACUGUGGAUUCUCUGCCUCUGAUCCGCUGCCCUGCUAUGGAACCGCCAUAAAUAUGGCCGGUGAUGAUGCAUUCAUCCUGAACCUUCUGGCCAAGGUCUUCUUUCUGCUGGGCAAAUAUGAGAUGGCCACAGGGAUCAGCAACAUGGCUCUGAAUGUGCUGCCAGAUCCAGAGCUCAACUGGCAGGCUUACUGCACCCGCGCCAAGAUCAAUAUGAUGCUCUACGUCAGGGACCUAGAGAAGACAAAAAACGAUGAGGGUGGAAUCCCAGACCGACAGAGGCUAACUGAGGCCAGAAAAGACCUGGACAAGGUCGUGAGUGUACGUCCAUGUCUGCGGACUCAUCUAGAGAUGGCACAGGUGUACUACUACAUGGGUGUAGAUGCGCUCCGGGAGAGCCUUUUGGUGGAUGAAGCAGCAGUGAAUAGUGCGUUAGUGAGUUUGUCCCAUGCCUUACAGUUUGAGCUUGGUGACAGCUUGCCAGACCUCCAUGUGCUCAGAGGACGCUGCCUCCUGCUGAAAGGUGAGGAGCAGAACGCCGCAGACUGCUUCAAACAGGCCGUGGAGUUGGAGAGGCAAGGCAGCACAGACACCACAGCCCUGCGCUGCCUCCUACAGGCCCUCCUGGCUGUGUUCAUGCAGGGAGGCCCUGAUCCCACUCCCGCCAUCUCGCAGCUGGAGAUGUGGGUGCAAAAGGCAGAGGAGAGGUACCCUAAGGACAUUGUGAGGGCAGAGCUGAGGUGCCUUUACAGGACUAACACAGAAGACGUCACAGAGUUAUCCAAGGCUCUGAUCCAGACAGGGAGGCUGGAUCUAGUGAGGAGGCUACUGGAAACAGUUGUGCCUAAACAACUGGCAAAGAAGAGACAGAUUGCAAGGUCUUACUCCUUCACAUGAGGCAAAUGACUUUAGUAGAUAUACUUCUUUCUUCCUGUUAUUCAUUACAAGGGCAAGGCUCGCUCAAAAACUCUGAACUGAUGCCAGGCUGUUCAUUGAGUGUGGGUCACAGAAGCCUUUGACAGCACCUCUCCACAUUAAGAUACUGUAUGUGUUGGGGCAUAUUUUUACAAAACAUAAAUGAAAUAAAAUAGAGAAAAGUUACAUACUGUAACUUUAACGUAUCUGGCUAGCUACGAAAAAUUGAUACUGAACGAAUCAGUAAAAUGCUAACUGACAACGUAUUUCUUUUGUUCUUCAUACAAUAUCCGCUUGUUGGAACUAAAACAUGAUUAAAAUGAUUUUGAUGAUGAUUUGAUGAUUUGAUUUUAAGUUGCAAAGAGCAGUGAAUCUGAAAAACCAUAAAUGUAAUUUACACAUAAUCAAUUUAUUUUCUUUAACUUACCGCUGAAAGAACAAUAAAAUGCCGUACGCUGACACACACACAUUAUUGUGAUUUUUAAAACUGUCCGACUUUGAGACAUUGCAUUGAACAUUAUAUACCAACCAUGUGUUUAAAUGGAAAUGUUUAGAGAAUUCAACAAACAAACAACACAGAAACCCACACAGCCACGCAGGGUCACUAGCUUUCAGUGUCUGAGCAGUGACUUUAUGAUGGAUCUGUUCACAAUAUAAACACAAAAUACAUGUUUUUAAUGAAUGUGCAGCACAGUCAGUUUUGUCAUGCCGGACGACGUCACUACACCACUGCACUGGAUGUACUUACUAUUUGGACAGUAAGUCAUUUCAUCUCUGCAAUUACAAGCUCCAAUGCAUAGUGAGCUCUUAACACCUGCACACUGACACCUGAGCCAGCUGUGAUCCAGCUGUGCUGUUGUCACCAGAAACUGAUUUUGGCUCAGAUGACGGGUUGGAGAAAUGGAUGCUGCAUCUUUUCUGAUCUGUGAGCGACUGGGACACGACGACAGUGAAGAAAAUGGGGAGACAUUCUUUGGUAACGAGAAGCACCCCUAGUUAAAAGAUAAAGCGGUAUGAAUAAGAGGAUUGUUUAAAAGCAGAAUUAAGAUUAUUGUUUAAUGACUGUCUUAAAGCCAACUUUCUCAGUCCAAGACAGCAUUCAAAUAUGUCAGCAUGUUCACCAUGAGUAUUUGCCAAUCAUUAUAUCUGAUUAUUGAUCAGCUGACAUUCAGAUAUAACACAUAAACAGCUAAUGUGAUCAGCUAUCAACACUUACACAGUAAACAAUUAGUAAACUACUACUACCUUACGGUUUGUACUCAACUUUUCAGUGAUUUGGCGAAUUUCAGAAGAAGAUCAUUUUCAUUUGGACAUAACUCUGUUGUGAAUAAUUAGGAAGUCAUUAAUUGAACUAAAGUAAACUCACUUAGCUGAGGUUGUUGUUAUGUUAUAUGUUGUAAAAAAAAUUAGAAAUUCACCAAUAAGCAACAUCUCUUCUGGAUUUACUCUCUUAAACUCUAAGAAACGUUUGUCUUUGGUGUCUCUGAUGAGAAAAUGCAAAAGAGACAGACCCCAUCUUCAGGCUGCUGCUGAGUCUGCAUGAGCCAAAGGCUACUGGGUGUCAUAGUUCUUUCAGCUAUGACAAAUGUGUGCAAACAUUUUCAUCUUUUCUUCUCAUUAAAACCUUGAUGACCAAAUUA